AUCACCAUUUUCUGAUGAUGAGAUUCAAAACAACAUGAAUGAUGGAAGUUGCAUAACUGAUUUCCAUUUCUCACCUGCUUUACCAUCAUGCAGCGUCUUUAACAUGCCACCACCACCAUCACCACUGUCUGAUCCUAAUCUAAGUGAUGCUUCUUUUUCUAGUUACAUGGAUGAUUUCAACGCUUUUUAUUGGUUCUCAGACUUCAACUUUGAAACCGGCACGCCAGAAUCACUACCUGCUGCAACCCAAACUGACUUGCAGCAGCCUGUCUCGGACUCGUCUUCGAUUCCUUCGUCCUACAAUGAGGCUGGUGCAGUUGCUGUCAAACCGGUUGGUGCAGUUGCUGUCAAACCGGUUGUUGCCGCAGCUGAACCUGAAGAUAGACUGCAACUUGUUGAAGGAAAGGAAGCUGAGGAUCACGGUGGAGAUCAUGGAAUCGAAGCGGUGGAGAAUCCAAAUGAUCAAAAUCAGGCGAAGAAAACGGUGAAACCAAAGAAGAAGGACAAGCAAAAGCAAAGACCUACAAAAGUUAAUGUCAAAACAGAAACUGAAGUUGAUCACUUGGAUGAUGGUUUCCAAUGGCGCAAGUAUGGCCAGAAACGUGUCAAGAAAAGCCCUUUUUCUAGGAGCUAUUACCGUUGCACAGCUCCAGGUUGUGACGCAAAGAAGCGCAUAGAGCGUUAUGCGCCUGAGCCUUCCAUGCUGCUAACCAGUUAUGAAGGCAACCACACCCACCUAGCUCCGAAGGUGACUCGUCCUGCAGGCCUCGAAAUCAUGCAUGAUGCUAAUGAUGCUAUUGCUGCUGGUGUCCAGAAAAUCCACGAUAACCUGAUCAAAACUAAUUGUGUUGGUGUUGCUGGAAAUCAAUUUGAAAUGUCUCAGUCCCAACCACAACAAAUUCAGAAUCAGAAUCAGAAUGUUAUUCUUCAGCAAGCUGCAUUGCCAACUUUGCCCUACAAUAAUGAUUAUAAUAACUCCUUCAACAUUGCUUCAGCAAUGAAUGUUAACUCUGCUGACAACUUUCCACCUUUGAAUGUUGUUAACUCUUCUGUUGCUCACAACUCUCCACCUUUGAAUGUUGUUAACCCCACAAAAAAUUCUAUCAACUCUUCGGUAAUAUUUGGUGAAUUCCUUCAAAAUCUAGGUGGAUGCAAUUUUUCAAUAUCGACAGAAAAUUUGAUGAGCAACGAUGGACUUCUUCAGGACAUGAUCAAGCCAAUGGAGAUGAAAGGAGCUUCGGAUGGAGCUGGACUGGAGCAGGAGCAGGAGCAGUAGCAUGAAGAUGAAGAUGGUGAUGCUUAUGUUUUUAUGUUGGGUUAAAGAUGCUUAGUUAUAUAUUAAUUAAUAUCUGGUAGGGAAUAAUUUAAAGUUCUCAAACUUAUGAUGGAAAACUAUAUGAGUCUGUGCCUCUGAGUUGCUUUGUG